AGCAGCCGCCGCCGAGCGAGGCCACUGGCGCGGGGCUGGAGGCGCUGAGGUGCGGCCCCGCCCCGCCAGGGAGAGCGGCCCCGCCCCGGCCCGGGAGAGCGGCCACCUGUCCCUCUGGGGGCACAGGUGUGGGCGGCCCCCGGCGCUGGGAGCAGGUGCGGGGCCGCGGCCACUCUCGAGCCUCCAGCCCGGAGGACGGGCCCCGGGGGCCGGCCCGGUGCCCAGGCCCUGGGAGCCCCGGAGGAAGGAGUGACAGAGGCCGGAGGAGCCGGGAAGGCCCGAGAGAGAAGCCAAGAGCAGUUGUGUGUGUCUCAGACAGAUCCAGCCACUGGGAUGACUGGACCCUCCGUGGAGAUCCCCCUGGCCGCCAAGCUGGGUGAGGCUUUCGUGUUUGCAGAUGGGCUGGACAUGCAGACAGACCUGUUCCCAGAGGAGGACCUGGGGGCCCCUUUUCUUCAGGGGAGGGCUCUGGAGCAGAUGGCCGUCAUCUACAAGGAGAUACCUCUCGGGGAGCAAGGCGGGGAGCAGGAUGAUUUCCGGGGGGACUUCGAUCUGUGCUCGAGCCCCGUUCUGCCUCAGAGCGUCCCCCCAGGAGACAGGGCCCAGGACGAUGAGCCGUUCUGCCCGGCCUUCCUCCAGAAAUCAGACCCGACUGUAUACCGGAUCACGGGCAGCGGGGAAGCCGCUGAUCUGCCCGCUGGGGAGGCGGCGGGCAGGGGGGACUCAGGGCCCGAGGGGCCGCCCAGGACCGCGCAGCCCGCCAAGCCGUACGCGUGUCGGGAGUGCGGCAAGGCCUUCAGCCAGAGCUCGCACCUGCUCCGGCACCUGGUGAUCCACACCGGGGAGAAGCCCUACGAGUGCGGCGAGUGCGGCAGGGCCUUCAGCCAGAGCUCGCACCUGCUCCGGCACCAGGCCAUCCACACCGGGGAGAAGCCCUACGCCUGCCGCGAGUGCGGCAGGGCCUUCCGCCAGAGCUCGGCGCUGGCGCAGCACGGGAAGACGCACAGCGGGAGGCGGCCCUACGCCUGCCGCGAGUGCGGCAAGGACUUCAGCCGCAGCUCCAGCCUCCGCAAGCACGAGCGCAUCCACAGCGGGGAGAAGCCCUACGCGUGCCAGGAGUGCGGCAAGGCCUUCAACCAGAGCUCGGGCCUCAGCCAGCACCGCAAGACCCACUCGCUGCAGAGGCCGCACGCCUGCGAGCUGUGCGGGAAGGCCUUCUGCCACCGCUCGCACCUGCUGCGGCACCAGCGCGUCCACACGGGCAAGAAGCCGUACGCCUGCGAGGACUGCGGCAAGGCCUUCAGCCAGAGCUCCAACCUCAUCGAGCACCGCAAGACGCACACGGGCGAGAAGCCCUACCGCUGCCAGAAGUGCGGCAAGGCCUUCAGCCAGAGCUCGUCACUCAUCGAGCACCAGCGCAUCCACACGGGCGAGAAGCCCUACGAGUGCGGCCAGUGCGGCAAGGCCUUCUGCCACAGCUCGGCGCUCAUCCAGCACCAGCGCAUCCACACGGGCCGCAAGCCCUACGUGUGCAACGAGUGCGGCAAGGCCUUCCGCCACCGCUCGGCGCUCAUCGAGCACUACAAGACGCACACGCGCGAGCGGCCCUACGAGUGCAACCGCUGCGGCAAGGCCUUCCGGGGCAGCUCGCACCUCCUCCGCCACCAGAAGGUCCACGCGGCCGACAAGCUCUAGGGUCCCGCCCGGGGCGAGGGCAUGCCGGCCCUGGCGCCCCCGGCCCAGCCGGCGGACUUGGGGGGCCGGCCGCACGGCCGGAUCUCGGCGCCGGAGCGGAGCUGGGUCUCCGCAGGCCAACUCAUCCUCUGCUGUGACCCCGGGGGUUUGGUUUUGCCCUCCAUUCGCAUUUUACAAAAUGCAGAGGAAUAAACGUCAGAGGGAGAAAGCGGGGUUAGGCCCCCUGGAGACGUCCGGCGAGCUCUAACCUCAGGCACUUGCAGAAAUGAAGCUGGCUCGCGGUCCAAACAGGCCAGGAAAGACAAGUCCAAAGCCCAGGGUCGCCUUGGCCACUGCAGGGCCGCUCGGGGAUGGGGUGGAGGGGGCACAGGAGGGCUCGUCCUGGGCUUGGGGUGACGGCGAGGCCCCUGCGCCUCUCAGCCCUCUGCCUGGGUUGGCUGAGGGCAGGCCUGGCUGUAGGCCCUCCGGUGGAGGUGGAGGCGCGGCCAGGCCGAUGAUGCCUGCCUGGCAUAGCCAGGCACAGGCCCCUGCCACCAGGAGUAGCCCUCCGCCAGACCUGGGGUCCAGGCUGGGGCACCAGCAGGGCCUCUGUUCUGCGGGCUGGGCAGCCUGUGCUCUGUCCUCCGGGGAUGAAGGGAUCUGGCUCCGAAAGGUCUGGGUUCAGGCUCCAGCUCUGGCCCCUCCUGCCUUGACCUGGAGGAAGCCCCAAGGCUCCGUUUCCCUCUGGGAGAGGUGGGGACGUUGGGAAUGCCACAUUCCCUGGGGUGGGGGCGGUGUGCAGGGCUCCCAUUCAGACUGUGAGCGGGCCCGCAGGAGCUUUGUCAACUGGCAGCUGAGGUCGGAGACCCAGGGCGGCCCCGUCCCCGCCCCCCACAGGGGAGACACCGGCCUGUCUGGUUCCCGAGGUGGCAGGGCGCUCCGCCUCCCUGGGUGUGCUGCCCGGGUUACGGCACCCUGCACAGCGGCGCUCUCGGGAUCCCCGGGCCAGUUCAGCGGGGCGUCCCCAGGGCGGGGCUCUGAGGGUGCCGUGUUUCCAGAGCUCCCCCUCCUCCCACCCGUAGCAGGCGGGGGGCGGCUCCCAGGCAGCCAGGCCCAGCGGGGCUUGAAGAUGGCCAUUUCCAGUUCAGCCCCCUGCCCUUCGCCUGGAAUGGGCUCGGGCAGGGCCGUGUCUGGCUGCCCCGGAAGCGUUUGUCCCAGGCUUCCGGGUGUCGGCGGGGGGGUCUCUGGGACUGGUGCAGGCAGCACCAGUCGCGGAGGAGGUGGACUGAGCUGUUUUUGAAGUUUUGCACAUCUGCGGCCGCAGUCCCACGAGCCUUAAGGGUCACGCUGCUUAUUUCAGCAGAUGGGGCUCGGCUCGGCGGCUAGGAUGGUCCUGAAUAAAAAUGGGAAAGCCAGAGCUGCUCCUCCAUCAGUGGGCUUGGCAGCCGGGGACGUUGAGGACAGGUCUGCUGGUCUGGGGAGACCGGCUCUGUGCAGCCCCUCUCUGCUGUCCGUGGGGCAGUAAACCGGCCCCUGUGUGCGCCCGUCUGAAUGGCAGCCCGACUGGAGGAUCGCCCGGUCACUCGUGAGAGCCAAGAGAGAAUGCCGACACCCCCGCUCUGUGCAGGGGGGACAGGGCGCCCCCAAGAUCUACCUCCUUGCCCCGCCCCCGGCACCCCAUUCAGCCUCAGCCUUGGCCAGGACUGUCCUUACUGGGCAGGGCAGUCAUCCACUUCCAACCUUUGCCGUCUCCGCCACGCGCUGUGCUCCCAGCCAAAUUGUUUUAUUUUAUUUUUUUCCGAGCAUCACUUUGCACACAUCACCACUCUCCUUAAAACCACCCUUCUGGGGUCUCCUGCACGUAAACCUCCCCGUUUCAGCCCCAGCAAGCCUCCUGACCCCCCGCCACUCCCUCCCACCGGCCCUCAGCUAUUUCAUGCUCCUCUCACGUUUCUAAAGGUGCACUUUCUUUCUUCCCCCACCCCCGUCUCCUUUCUUUUCUGACAAUUUAUGUAACACGGUGGGUAAGACUCCUUUCCUGAAGGGUUGACAGACUCGCACAAAACCAUGGUCAGACCAGGCAAGUACUUCUUUUUCAGAAGUGUGAGCAGAACCUAGUUCUUCAGUUCACGUUCUUUCCUUGGUUUCUUAUGUGUUUUUAAAUCCUUUUACUUAGGCUUUUAGUGCGAUAUUAUAAGAGACCAUCCUGGUGGUAUUUGAAUUGUCCUUGAGUUUCGUUGUUUGAUUUUGUUUUAUUGUCUUAGAUUUUUUCUUUUAGCAGAUGUUGUUGACUGUUGUAAAGCUCCAGUUCUUGGUUGUGUUUACUAAUCGAAUUGUUUUGUCAAAGUACAUGUAUUCUGCUCUUUUCUUUAUCUUUCUUGUUACUUAAUACUUUACAUUUCUAAGAUGAAUUAUUUAGGUAGUUAAUAACUUUUAAUAUUUCUAGUAAACGUGGGUACUUUGGUCUGUUUGUUUUCUUGUAUUUAGAGCUUUUUCUGCUCUAUAAUGUUGACGUGUUUGGUUUUUUUUUUUUUUCUCUUAGGAAUUUCCCUUUGACUCAAUUAUUAUGAUUUUAAUUAGUAUUUUUAAUACUAAUUUAAAAAUUAGUAUUUUUAAAAUUAAUCCUAAUCCCAGUGAUGACUGCUUAAGUCAUUGCUGUUACUUCUUAUUGUACGUGGUGGUGUCAGUAUUUCUAAGUGUCCACAGAAAUUCUCUGAGCCUGAAUAUAUUAUCAGUUUUUAUACAGCAUUUGUGUACUCUCAAGAAAUGUGUUUUUACUCCAUCAGUUCAGUUCGUUACAUCAAUCUUUAUAUUAUUUUAUUACAGUCCGCACUUGCUCUAACUUGUCUUUCCUUCAGGGUCUGAGGAUGCCUGGCAGCCUGUGAGCAUGCCGGGGUUCAGGGGUUGUGGGCCCAGGGACCGAGCAAAGCCGUGUGGGUAUGUGCACAGAUGGACUAUUCUGGGAGGAAAUCGAUAGCCCUUGAAGGGCCUUGUGACCCCACAGUACACAGAACACUCAUUUACCUGGUCAAAUUGUAGUCUGAUUUUGUGUGUUUUUUCUUAAUGUAUUUCUAUUUUGCCUUAGUUUCUAUUUCUGUUUUAUGUGUGCUGUUGAUGCUUUGUUAGUCAUGCCGUUAUCUUGAUAGACAGGGUAUACAUGAUCAAGUGAUUACCGUAUUUGGAGCAGAUGUCUGUUUAACAGAGAUGAACUGAAAACCUGUGCCUUUGCAUGUCCUCUUUGCCUCUCUUAAUGCUUCUAGCUUCCACUUCUCUUUUCCAAACAUCAUAAUGGAAAUCUCUGCUUUUUUUUUUUUAAUUUGCAUUUGCAUGAGAGUUUAUUUAGCUCGGCAUUUUAUUUUUAAAAUUUGUGUAUAUAUUUUUGCUAUAUAUCUGUAACUUAUAAACAGCAAAUUAUUGGAUUUUGUUUUCUGAUUCUUUCUAUAAUUCUUUUUACAUAAGAAGUUCUCCUAUUAUUA